AUGUAUACACUCCAGCAUGGCGGCUACUACUUGAAGAUUAUUCUGUCUCCAUGUAACCUGAGUGAUGAAGAGCUGCUGCAGCUCGCCAUCACACGCAGUCUGACGGACAGCCCACCUGUACACCACAGCUCCCACAAUCCACCUGUACACCACAGCUCCCACAAUCCACCUGUACACCACAGCUCCCACAAUCCACCUGUACACCACAGCUCCCACAAUCCACCUGUAAACCACAGCUCCCACAAUCCUCCAAGUGAAGAGCCUCCUGACCCGAAGACGUUUGAUGGGACCGUCAGUCGCUUCAUGACGGGAGCUGGGAAGAGCAUGGUGGCGUAUCGCCGACCUGAUGGCAGUCUGGUCCACAUCGCUCCAGAACCUGUGGAUGAGGAGGAGCCUCUGUUCAGAGCGGUCCGUGUCGGGGAUGUUAGCAAAGUGAAAGCACUGACGAUGGUCCAGGAAACAAACCUGAUGCUUCCAAGUAAACCGGGCUGGCUCGCCAUUCACCAGGCGGCAUGGUACGGGCAGGACAGCUGUCUGAGAGUACUGCUGUCAGCUCAGCCGGGGAUGAUCAACAAGCGGACCGAGCACGGGGAGACGGCUCUGAUGGUCGCUGUCAGCAAAGACCAGUUGCCAUGCGUUCAGGUGCUCCUGGAAAAGGGAUCUGAUACUAAUACCUCCAACUAUGACAAAGAGACACCGCUCUACAAAGCCUGUGAGAGGAGCAGCGCCGCGAUAGUGGCGGCCUUGUUGAACCACGGUGCAGCCGUCAACACUCCCUGUAUUUGGAGUUUCACGGCCCUACACGAAGCUGCUACUCAAAACAACGCGGAGAUCUGUGAGAUGCUGCUGAAUGCUGGAGCCAAACACACUCUGGUCAAUGUGUACGGCCUCUCGCCGCUGUUUACCGCCUCGCAAAGCGGGCAGCUGGCCAUCCUGCGCCUCCUCCUCAAACACGGUGCAGACAUUAACAGCCAGGCUGCUGAUGGAGCCACCGCUCUGUAUGAAGCUGCUAAAAAUGGACACGACGAGAUCGUGGAGUUCCUCCUUUCUCAGAAUGCUGAUGCCAACAAACCAGGAAAAACUGGGUUUCUACCACUUCACGUUGCCGCUCAGAGAGGAAGCUACAGCAUCGUCUCCAUGUUGAUCUCGGUCACCAGUAAGACCAGAGUCCGCCGUGCCGGCAUCAGCCCGCUUCACCUGGCAGCUGAGCGUAACCGUGAUGACGUCCUGGAGGCUCUGAUCGAGGCAGGUUUCGAUGUGAACGCUCAGCUGUCUGAAGAACGGCUGCGGCUCUACCAGGACCGCCGCAGCACGUCGCUCUACUUCUCCGUCAUUAACAACAACAUCCAUGCGGUGCGCAUGCUGCUGGCGGCCGGCGCAGACCCCAACCUGGACAUGUUCAAACCUCUGAUGGUGGCCGCGAGGCUAAACUGCAUCCAGACCGUUACCCUGCUGGUGGAGCACAGAGCAGAUAUCAACGCCUCCAUCCCCACACACCUCACCACCUUCCCUGCCGUCUACAUGUUCUCCAUGAAGAACCUGCCCAUGUUCAAGUACCUGCUCGACCACGGGGGCCACGCCCGCUCCUGCUUCAACUGUGUCUACGGAAACCGACCUCAUCCACCAAUCAAAACCACGCGAUCAGAGAGGGACUCAGACAGGGUCUCCGAACAGCACGGAGGCGUUCAGUUCUGUGAGAUGAUCUCAGCUCCUAGUAUCUCUCGGUGGGCGGGGCCGAUCAUUGACGUCCUGUUGGACUACGUUGGUCAUGUGACUCUCUGCUCGCGACUGAUGGAACAUCUGCACAGUUACUCUGAAUGGAACGUCAUCAAGGAGAAAGCUGCGUUGCCGCGGCCGCUGCUGCAGCUCUGCAGGUUGAAGGUCCAGAGGCUGGCUGGACGUCGCCGGCUGAAGAAGUUGCCGCUGCCUGGAGGUCUGAUCCGCUUCCUGCAGCAUCAGGAGGGCUCCCUGGAGGUCUGAUCACCAGGAGGGCUCCCUGAAGGUCUGAUCACCAGGAGGGCUCCCUGGAGGUCUGAUCACCAGGAGGGCUCCCUGGAGGUCUGAUCACCAGGAGGGCUCCCUGGAGGUCUGAUCACCAGGAGGGCUCUCUGGAGGUCUGAUCACCAGGAGGGCUCCCUGGAGGUCUGAUCACCAGGAGGGCUCCCUGGAGGUCUGAUCACCAGGAGGGCUCUCUGGAGGUCUGAUCACCAGGAGGGCUCCCUGGAGGUCUGAUCACCAGGAGGCCUCCCUGGAGGUCUGAUCACCAGGAGGGCUCCCUGGAGGUCUGAUCACCAGGAGGGCCCCUGGAGGUCUGAUCCGCUUCCUGCAGCACCACGAGGGCCCUGUGGACCUUUGCUGAAAGACGUGAUUCUUCACUGAUGGGAGUCUAUCACUCAGUACUGAUGUCUUAGCUCACAUUUGAUUUAAACGACUCAACAUGAACAAUUUAAAUGUGUGAAAUAGCGCCAGUGAUAUGCCGUCUCCAGACACCUAAAUCCUGGCUCGGCUGUAGCUAAAUAAGAUGUGAUGAAGACAUGUUUCAUUUCUGUGAAAGUGUUGGUCCGUUCAAAUAUUUUGAAA